AUGGAAGAUAACAUCAACAAUCAACGAGUUCUUCGUGAUUUUGCUAUAACUACUACACAUGAUGGUUAUUCUAGUGUAGUGAGACCUGCUGUGGUUGUUAACAAUUUUGAGAUUAAACCUUCUAUUGUUCAGAUGGGGCAACAAAACCAAUUUAGAGGGUUAGAAAAUGAAGAUCCACAUGUCCAUCUAUCACGUUUCUCUCAGAUAUGUGACACUUUCAAAAUGAAUGGGGUUUCUGAAGAUGCAAUCAAAUUGAGGCUAUUUCCAUUUUCUUUGAAGGAUAGGGCAACAUCUUGGUUGGAUUCUAGGGCACCUGGUGCAUUCACUACUUGGCAAGCACUUUUUAAAGCUUUCCUUGCAAAAUAUUUUCCAUCUGGUAAAACGGCCAAAUUAAGAAAUAAGAUUGCCACUUUUUUCCAAAGGGAUGAUGAGUCUUUAUAUGAAGCUUGGGAAAGGUUCAAAGAUCUACAGAGACAAUGUCCCCAUCAUGGUUUGACUGACUGGCUAGUUGUUCAAACUUUCUCUAAUGGUCUUUCUCACUUGUUAAAAAGUAUUUUGGAUGCAGCUGCUAAUGGGUCAUUAAUGGGUAAAACAUUCGAUAUGGCUUUGCACUUGAUUGAAGAAAUGGCUUCUAACAGUUGUCGAUGGCCUAAUGAUAGAGCUAGUCAAAAAAGACAUUUGGGAGUACAUGAAGUGGAUGGAAUUACUAUGGUGAAUGCUAAGUUGGAUGCAUUGACAAAGAAAUUGGAGAGAUUAGAUAUAAAGGUUGUAAGAACUUCUAGUUGUGAGAAUUGUGGAGGAGAUCAUACGAGCUUUGUAUGCCAAAUGGGUACCCACUAUGCACAUGAGCCUACAAAUGAGCAAGGCGAUGCACAAGAUGAAGCAAUUAGACAACUUACUACUAAGGUGGAUCAAUUGGCCACACAUAAUAAGAUGCUUGAAGUACAAUUGGGCCAACAAGCAAGUACUUCCAAUUCUAGGGAAAUAGGAAAGCUAUCUAGCCAACCUCAAAAUCUAAGGGAGCAUUGUAAGGCAAUUGUCACCAGGAGUGGUAAACAAUUAGGUGAACCUAUAAGCAAGGUUGAAAAUGAGCUUGAUGAGCAAAAGGACAUUGAAAAGUCUAGUGAAGAAGAUACAUUGGAGAAAAAGGUUGAGGGAAAUAUCCAAGAAGCCCUUGAAAAGCAAGUUCCAUCCAAAACAUAUUCAACACCUUUGCCUUUUCCUCAUAGGUUCCAAAAGGCAAAGCUUGAUCAACAGUUUGGAAAGUUUUUAGAUGUUUUCAAGCAGAUACAUCUCAAUGUUCCUUUUAUGGAGGCUAUAACUCAAAUGUCGACGUAUGCCAAGUUUCUCAAAGAUAUCCUCUCAAAUAAAAUGAAACUUGAAGAAUUUGAAAUGGUGGCUCUCUUAAAAGAAUGCAGUGCCAUUUUACAAAAUAAGCUGCCACAAAAGUUUAAGGAUCCAGGGAGGUUUUCUAUCCUUUGUGUAGUUGGUAAAGAAUCUUUCGAAAAAGCUUUAUGUGAUCUUGGUGCAAGUAUAAGUCUAAUGCCUUUAUCUAUUUGCAGGAGAUUGGAGCUUGGAGAAUUAAAACCUACAACAGUGACCCUGCAAUUGGCAGAUAGAUCCAUAAAGUAUCCUAUUGAGAUAAUGGAAAAUGUGCCAAUUAAAGUUGGAAAAUUUUAUAUCCCCGUAGACUUUGUGGUUUUGGAAAUGGAAAAGAAUAUUCAAGUUCCUCUUAUUCUGGGAAGACCAUUUUUAGCCAUAGCAGGAGCAAUCAUUGACAUUAAAAAUGGAAAACUCACUUUUGAGAUUGGAGAUGAGAAAGUAGAGUUCAAUGUUUUUCAAAUGUCAAAGCAACCUAAUAUUGUGAAUUCUUGUUGUAGGGUUGACAUUAUUGAUGAUUGCGUGAAAGAAGUCUUUAUCAAGAAAUACCCUGAGGAUCCACUCGAGUCGUGUAUUAUUCAUGGAGCUUCAGUCAAAGAUGAAAAUAUGGAAAUUACAGUCUAUGCUCAACUUAUGGAAGUAAAUCCUAAGGUUGCUCCCAUUUUGAAUUUCAAGUAUGAAGAACUUGAGACAGGUAACCAUUCUCUUCUUUCUCUUAAAACGGAAGAUGCACCUAAGGUAGAUUCUAAACCACUUCCUGCUAAUUUGAGGUAUGCUUUUCUUGGCCCUAAUUCUACUUAUCUUGUGAUUAUAAAUGUUGAAUUAAAUGAUGAACAAGAAGAUAAGUUGUUUAGGGAACUUAGAGCAUAUAGAAAAAUCAUUGGUUAA